AUGGUGACCGAAGAUAUUCCAGUGGUGAUGAUAAAGCCUAUGGCUCCGGAACAAGCUAUGAUCAGAAGCAGUGAAGAGGAGGUGGCGCUGAGUUCCUGGAGCUGGCCUGCUGAGUCAGCAUUUGCUGACUCAGCAUCUUCUCGUGACACGUCAUCCGUUUCUGCGGGCAGCGGCGAGGCAGUGGUGGUGCGACAGCUGGCGUUUAACGGUUGGUCGUCUGACGUGGUUCGGGUUGCCCGGGCUGGACCACCCGCUUGGCGUCGAAAGGCGCCGAUCACAAAGCCUCUUCUGGUCGCCUCUCUGCUGUGCGGUGCCGUGCUGCUGUACCGAGGGACUCGGAGCGACAAAGUGUUGCGAUGCAAUGAACCCACAGCAUCCCUCUGCUACACUCACAUCGUGAUUCAGUCACCACCGUCAGCGCUCAUGAAGGGGAGGCGAGGGCUGAAGGCAGGUGCAGAAGCAGCAGAGGGGGAGGCGGUGGAGGGAGGAGAGGAGAACAGGAGAGAAGGAACGGGGGAAGAAUCGAGUGAGGGAGAGAGUGUGAAGGAAGACGGGAGGGGAAUCGGAGAGGGAGAGGGGGGGAGUGCGGUGGGGGAGGGGGGGGUGACAAAGGGUAUGGGUGCUGGGGGAUGGAGAGGGGUGGUGGUGGGAAGAGGGAGGGAGGAGAGGAUGAGGGUGGUGGUGGCGCCUCAUGUGAACCCGGAGCAUGCCCGCAUGCUGGAAGGACUGAAGGAGCUUCAGGUGAUAGAUGCUGACGUGGCACCAGCUGGCAUAUGCACGAGGAGGGAGUUUGCCACGUGGCUGAUGGCUUUCAGUGAGAAGCUCUCAGCCUCGCCCACCGAUAGGGUGUAUCCCGCCAUGUUUAUAGAGGGGAUAUCGGAGCAGGCCUAUGCUGACGUGGCACCCGAUGACCAGGACUUCGCCGCCAUUCAAGGUCUGGCCGAAGCUGGCAUUCUGCCCAGCCUGUUGGGUCGGAAGGACGAGGCGGGAGGGGCAGCGGCAGGGGAAGGUGCAGGGGAGGGUGAGGCGCUAUUCCGGCCAGACAGUCCCCUCACCCGUCAGGAUCUGCUGACGUGGCGCUUUGCUCUGGAGUAUUCCCACCUCCCGCCGCCCGACCUUGCCGCCCUGCGCCACACAUGCGGGCUCAUUGACGCCGCCCGAAUCUCCCCUGCCGCCCAAAGAGCCGCUGCUGCGGCGCUCACGUUCGGCCGAACCUAUGAGACGGUGAACGAGGCUGCGGUUCGGGUGGAGGUGGCGGAAGCUCGGAAGGAAGCUGACGUGGCGAGGCAGGAGGCUGAUGAGGGGGAGGUGGGAGGAGGAGGUGCGGGUGUGGAAGGUAGCGCUUCUGAUGGGACGGAGGAGUGCAGCAUCCAAGAACCUGCUAUUCUCCCCCCCGGCUGGUGGGCGGAGUUGAUUCAACAGAGAGCAGAGGAGGCGAAACACGGCGCUGCCAAGAAUCUGGUAAAAAUCAAAGAGCGUUCUGCUGACGUGGCGUCCAGCCUGGCUGCCAGCGUGGCGGACGGCAGCUUGCAGCGGUCGUUGAGUAAAAGGGCCGAGGAAGCUGCCAGGAAGGUGCGGGGGCUACAGGGUGCUGAUCUGAAGGAAGGUGCGAGGAUGGUGCGGGAGCAAGUGGGAGGGGAGGUGGGGAGGAGGAUCGAGGGAGUGAGGGAGGUAGGGGAGAGGAUGGUGUCAAUGGGGAGGGAGGAGGCAAGUAGAAUGGUGAGGGUGGGUAAAGGGGUGAUGGACAGUGGGGUGAGGGAGAUACGGGAGAAAGCAGGGUACAGGUGGGCUGCUGGGAGGGCUGCUGGGAAGGCUGGCAGCAGGGGUUCUGUUGGUUCUGCUACUGCUGCUGCUGGUGCUGCUGGUGCUGCUGGUGGUGGUGUGAAGAAGCAGUGA